AUGGCUGUGGGCUUUGGCGGCGUCGCCGCGCUUGGAGGCCUCACACUGCGGGACGGGGCCUUGCGACCGCCCAUGGGCGGUCGGCUUGCAGCCCUCGGGGAGUGCGCAGACGUUCGCUGCGCGACCCAUCGUCUGGCUCACCCGGAGGUACGGCCGGCCUUUGUAGCGUUUGCCAUGGCGCAGUGCAAAGUUGCGAAGCUCCACUCCGAAGUGACAGUUCUGGCAAUUGGCUCGGGCGGCCUCCUCUUUGAGUGGGAGGUGCUGGAAGCAUUGCGGACCAGCUGCUCGGCCAAGCACACAAGCUGUGGUGUGGGCUCUGGGGUGCAGGGGUGA